AUGGAGAAAUUGGACGAUAAAUUGUUUGACAAAAAAAUCUCUGAACUUGAAUCAACUUUAAAGAAAUUAGAAGAAGAAUUAUUUUUGGAAACAAUUACGUUAAAAAACAUCAAAGAUUCAACUAAAACAAAGAACAUAGCAAAAGAAGAAAGUGAACCGAUCUUGUCGGUAUCGAAUGACAAACAGAAAAUGUAUAAUGCACAGAUGACUUACGUGAAAAAUAUAAAGGCUUCCGAAAAGAAUUUAGAAAACACCGGGAAUUUUAAAAUGAGCAAUAAUGAUUGCAUAGUGCAGCAUUUCAAAGAGCCAGAAAGUGUUUACUAUGUAAACAAUAAACCAAACGAUAAAGUUAUCAUAAGGAAUACGGAAACGCAAUUAAAAUACACCCCACAUUGUCUAGAAUUCCAGGUGGCGAAUGGUGUAAACGGUACUUCAUUCGAAGAAAGGUUAAAAAUAAGUAAUCCCAGUAAGGCGAUUAUACUGUGUCGGUAUAGUCACUUGUUUGAUCCACAUGACAUUUUGAAAAAUUACAAAAACAUAAUUAUGGUUAAUUUGAGCCUACUGACCGAUUCAGUGGAGACUAAUAUUAUACAUCGGCUACGGCCAGGCGUAACAGUUGAUUACGAGGUACGGUUCAAUCCAGUGGAAUUACCAAACUCUAUUAACUGUUCGAGGUUAGAAGGCUUAAAAUUGGCGUUUGAAACCGUAAAAAAUAACCAAUUGGAUGUAAAGUACGUGUUUUAUGUUCCGUUGAAGUUUUGCACCGCUAGACCGAAACCGGAAGUGGUCACCAAAAUUAUAACGUAA